AUGGCUGGGAUGGAAGAAUUUCCAGCGGUCCUCUCAACUACCGACGAACCGGAGAUUUUUGGUAGGACCCAAGAUGUAGAAUGUAUAGUAAGCAAGUUGGUUAGUGAAGAUUGUCCUCUCAUUUCUAUAGUUGGCAUUCAGGGAAUUGGCAAGACAAUGCUCGCUCAGCCCGUUUGCAACAAUGAGAGGAUGAAGAGACACUUCGAUAAAAUGUUUUGGGUCUGUAUGUCGGAUGAUUUGGAUGUGACCAAGCUCACCUAUAAGAUCAUACAAUCUUCAAACUGGUUGAGCAAUGAUCCAUACAAGUUGGACUCAAUGCGGCGGAGUCUUCAUCGAUGUUUGGACGGGUCGCGGUUUUUGCUAGUGUUGGACGAUGUUCGGAACGAAGAUGAUGUGAAAUGGGAGCAAUUGAAGAUUUCCCUACAAAGAGGGGCUCCAGAAAGCAGAAUUCUAGCCACCACUCGGCGCCACAAAGCUGCAGUGGUAAUGGAUUCUGCUUACAUAUAUGAUUUGGAUGCUUUAUCGGAGAGUGAGUCUGUGUCCUUGUUCUAUUCCAAUGCUUUUGUUGGAAGGGGAACAGAAGUGCGACCGGAGCUAGAAGGGAUUGGUAGGGAAAUCGUCAAGAAGUGCAUAGGCAUUCCUCUUGCAGUGAAGAUGGUAGGCUCUCUUGCGCUUCAAGAGAACAGAACAAGAUUGGCGAUCAGUCUUGGAAAGUGA